AUGAGUUUGGAGGAGGAAGUGGCUAUGCCGGCUUCAAUUGCUUGGGUGCAUGAAGUAAGUAUGAAGAUGGAGGAAGAAUGUGCCAAUUUUUUCCUUUCAACAUGGGCUCAAAAGAAAGUUAAUGCAAGGUCUUUGCUUGAGACCAAAGAAGGGAAAUUUCCAAAUGUAGAAUGGCCUGUGUGCAGAAGUGGUAUCAUUAGCAGACUUUCUGAUUUCUUAAUGAAUGUAAAACAUAUAACACUCCAAGUGGAAGACAAACCCAAAUCACAUCCACACAGGUAA